AUGUCUUACAAUCCGUAUGCGUAUGUAACAAGCGAGCAGAAUGGCGUUAACGAUCGUUUUGUUCACACCCCACAACAGCAACAACCAAUACAAAUUCCCAGAAAUAUGCCAAUGAAUGGCCAAGUUAAUGCAAAUACGAACGCAAAUAUGAAUGGUGGCGGCGGCAGCAGCAGCUUUCCAUUCCAAGAUCCUCGUGGUUCUAUGGCAUUCCAACUGGGACAGAGUGCGUUUUCCAACUUUAUUGGCCAGGACAACUUCAAUCAGUUCCAAGAAACGGUCAAUAAAGCGACUUCAAACGCUGCUGGCUCUCAACAAAUUUCCACGUACUUUCAGGUCAGCACACGUUAUGUGAUCAAUAAAUUGAAACUCAUUUUAGUUCCCUUCCUUAAUGGCACCAAAAAUUGGCAGCGGAUUAUGGACUCUGGCAACUUUUUGCCACCAAGGGAUGACGUGAACUCUCCAGAUAUGUAUAUGCCUAUAAUGGGAUUAGUUACCUACAUUCUCAUCUGGAAUACUCAGCAAGGUCUGAAGGGUUCGUUCAAUCCAGAAGAUUUAUACUACAAGCUUUCUUCUACUCUGGCGUUUGUCUGUCUAGACCUAUCCAUAUUGAAACUCGGCCUGUAUCUUUUGAUUGACACCAAGAUUCCCAGCUUUAGUUUGGUCGAACUGUUGUGUUAUGUUGGUUACAAGUUUGUUCCAUUGAUCCUUGCUCAGCUGUUGACUAAUGUGACAAUGCCAUUCAAUUUGACUCUUUUCGUGAAGUUUUACUUGUUUAUUGCCUUCGGAGUAUUUCUACUAAGAUCCGUCAAGUUCAAUUUGCUAAGCCGUUCCGGUGCCGAAGACGACGAUAUACAUGUAUCGAUCAGCAAAUCAACCGUCAAGAAGUGCAAUUACUUCCUAUUUGUCUACGGUUUCAUUUGGCAAAACGUUCUAAUGUGGCUAAUGGGGUGA